AUGGACCUACUUAGAGCCACACUAUCAAUUGAAAUGACAAUUGAAAAACAACACCAAAAAAUAUGGCAGGAAAUUGAGGAUGAGCGCGUCCGAAUAAAGAUAGAUUUCAAGAACCUGCGGCUUUUUAAGCAUGUUUUGAAGAAGGUCUCAAGUCAUGCACUGAAAAUAAUCCAUAAGAGCGCCCCUGAUAAAAAGCCAAUUAAGCCCUGCACGGGUGUGACUCGACGGACUCUAGGGAUUCCUUGCAUCCACAAAAUCAAGGAAUACUAUGAGGCUGACAUAUCGAUUGAGCUUUUUGAAUUCUGUCCACAUUGGCGGCUGCAUACCGACGAAGACCUUCCUCCUGUGGAUCCACGAGAAUUAGUCCUGGAGCUAGAAGUAAUCAGACCGCGUGGCCGUCCUCCUGGUACAAUUAACUGGCCAACUACAAGCGAGCAGAGCCAGUCAGCUGAAGAUAGAUCUACUAGAAGAGAUCCCUCUGCAUUUGAACAUCUAUUGACUCAAGAAUCAAGCCGAGGACAAGGAAGUGGCCACAUACGUAGUAGCUGUGGAGGAGGACAGGCAAGGAGUGGGCGUGGAGCAAGACAACGAGGUCGUGGUAGUCAUGGAGGAGGACAGGCGGGUCGUGGGCGUGGAGGAAGACAGCAGGGUGGCGAAUGUGGUAGCGGCUCUGCAGGCACCAGUGAAGUUAGCACUCAAAGUCACGAGAAUAAUGAUAAUGAAAUUAGUGAGAACAGGGAUAAUAAGACCAACGAGAAUCAGAUCAGAAGAAGCAAGCGACGUGGCCGUGGCCAGCCAGCGCCAUGGCUAGGCGAUGAGAAUGAGUAA